AUGCCUCGAGGUCAGAAGAGUAAGCUCCGUGCCCGUGAGAAACGCCGCCAGGCCCAUGCUGAGACCCAGAGUCUGGAGGAUGCUCAGGCCACUGGGGCGGCAGCAGCAGCAGCAACAGCAGCAGCAGCAGGAGAGUCCCCUUCCUCUGUCUGUCCUCCCUUUGAGGACAGGCCUCACAAUAUGCCUGCUGCUGGGACACCUAGCACUCCUGAGGGACCUCAGGGAACCACCAAUGCUAAUGCAGCUGUUUCAUGCACCAAUUCAGAUGAAGGUACCAACAGCCAAAAGAAGGAAAGCUCAAAAUCCUCCAAGGGCAUUGAGGACUUACGCAGAGAUCCUCUACACAUGAAGGUGGCUUUGUUGGUGCAUUACCUGCUGCAUAAGUAUCAAAAAAAAGAGCCAAUUACUAAGUCAGAGAUGCUGAAGUUUGUUAUCAGAAAGUACAAGUAUCGUUUCAAUGAGAUCCUCAAGAGAGCCUCUGAGCACAUGGAGCUGGCCUUUGGUCUUGAUCUGAAGGAAGUGGAUCCUACCAGGCACUGCUAUGCCCUUGUCAGCAAACUAGACCUCACCUCCAAUGGAACGAUGAAUGAAGAAGAGAACCCACCCAAGACCGGGCUCCUGAUGAUCGUGCUGGGUGUGAUCUUCAUCAACGGCAACUGUGCCACUGAAGAGGAGAUCUGGGAAGUGCUGAAUAUGAUGGGUGUACAUGCUGAAAGGAAGCACUUCAUCUAUGGGGAUCCCAAGAAGGUCAUCACUGAAGAUUUGGUGCAGCUAAAGUACCUGGAGUACCGCCAGGUGGCCAACAGCGAUCCUCCGCGCUAUGAGUUCCUAUGGGGUCCACGAGCCCACGUUGAAACCAGCAAGAUGAAAGUCCUAGAGUUUUUAGCCAAGAUUUAUGAUACAGUGCCCAGUGCCUUCCCAUUCUGGUAUGAAGAAGCUUUGAGAGACGAGGAAGAGAGAGCCCAAGCAAGAAUGGCAGCCAGGGCUCGUGCUGCUGCCAUGGCCAGUGCACGCUCCAGGGCCGUGGCCAGUGCACGCUCCAGGGCCACGGCCAGCAACUUCUCCCAGGCUAAGUGA